AUUCACCAAACAUGGUCUAGGCCGGGGAGCUCUCGGGGCCUGGGUGCCUUGCGUUUAUUUCAUAUGCCUUCGGCUUCUCUUAUCUUCCUCCUUUCCCGCAUUCUUCACAUCAGAUUUCUAGGGCCGCUUUGACCGGCUGGUGAGGAGGGGAUGUCUCUGCACAUCUAUAUCGCCCACUCGGGUGAGCAUUUACAUGCCGACCCGGUGUCGUUUGCCUCUCCGGAUGCACUCCGGUCAUGGAUUGCCCGCAACACGUCAGUCCCAUCUCAGAGGCAGAUCUUGAUGACUGCCCGUGGGAAAAACGUCAAGAUCCAAACACUCGCCACAGAGGACGAAAUCUUUGUAUACGAUCGGCGAUACGUGAAUGAACAGAACAGCGCCGAGCUGCCAGAGCUUCCUCCUCCGCAACCGUUCGACCUCGACAACCCGCCCGACAUCCUCAAAGACCAGAACGACCUACAGUCAUGGAGGAGCCUCUAUGAGGCCAGAAAAACAUGGGCCUUGACGCUGCUAGAGCGCUGUGAAUCGGUCGAUAAGAACAUUCAGGAGUGCAAUGAGCGGACCAACGUUAUCCAUCGUGCCGUUGGCGUAGCUCUGGAGAACCUGAAAACACAUGUGGGAACACUGGAGCAUCGCUUUCAGGAAGCGCAGACCUGGGCGAAUGACUUGUUGAAGGAGCAACAAACGGCGCUCGACGGAUGGAAACGAGCCCUGGCGACUUUAGAGACCAUCCCUGCCCGCAAGGACUUCCCAUUUCUUGGCCGUCCUUCUACGCCGAAAAAGGAGAAAGAGACAGCGACUGGAUCGCUACGUGAAUAUGUGGAUGCGGAAGAAGUACAAAAAGCUGGGUCGGAAGCAGCGGUCGCAUUUUCCCAAUUCGCUCAUCGGGUUCAAGAUGUCGAGAAAGCUGUGGGUGAAAUUGCGUCAGAUACACAACACUUGGUCGAUGGGACUGCGUCUUCAGGUUUCGAUGGUGUCGAAGGCCUUUUACAAGAAGUUGAGACGAUAUCUAAGAAAAUACAAUCCGACUAUGAGCAUGUCUUGGCUCUGCCCAAUAAUCAAAAAACGCUGGCAAACGUUUCGAGACUUGCCUUGGGUCACACCAAAGAUCUUCUGCCGGGGCUUCAAGAUAUCAGUGCUGAAGUCCAGGCUGCCCAGGAGGAAGCGGUCAGACGGUAUAAUGACGCGGUCAAGGCUACCCCUAGUCACAUGCGACACAUUUCCACUUUGGAAUCUCGUCUGUCCGACGUGCAAACCCACAUAAACAACCUCAACCUCCAUAGUGAUGCCUUUGACAUUAUAUACUCCGUGUUCCAUAUGCCCAUGGUCUAUGGGUCCAUUCUCAUCGAGUCUGUGCGACGCCACGAAUUCAAUGAGAAGAUGAAAACCGACUCUCUCACUCUGGCGGAAGAAAUGUCUGUCUUCCGUGAUGAGGAGCAGCGUCGAAGAAAGAAAUGGGUCAAGAACAUGGGCGAAUUCAUUUCCAUCUCCGACACGACGACGCCGGGUAUUGAAGUCAACCUCCGAGGCCACGAGAUUCAAUGGCCCACGGUCAACAGGAAGGAAGUUGAAUCAUAUAUCAAUGAUCUUAGGUCCAAACCGAGUAUGGCCAGCAUAGCUCAAGACCUGUCCCAGGACUUUAAAGAUUUGGACGCUCCUACCCGCCUACAGCGACGUAGGGCAAAGGCAUUCAAACAGGGCAGUAUCUUUGACUUGAGUCGCAGCUCUCUGUUAGUUCGUGGUGACGACAUGGUCCGCAGUCUGCGAGAUGAGAAAUCUAAGCUAGAGGAUAAGCUCAAAGGAUCUGAGAGCCGUAUUCGGAAGCUGGAGGAUCUUUUGCAUCGACAGAGUCAUCUGGGCCGUCCUGCAAGCGGUAACUUCACUCUGGACUUCCCGAGCUCUCCAGCAUCCCCUCAUCCGGACCAGCUCUCAAGAAGGUCUUCUGUUUCAUCAAGACGCAUGUCUGCCAAUCAAUCCUCGGAAGAGAAGGCGCUUGUGCAGCGCAUUGCCCACCUCGAGACCGAACUCGCAACCGAGCGCGAGACGGUGCAAAAGCUCCAGAAAGAAGCCCAUGCUGAGCGCCAAUCGAACACUGAUAAGAUACAGGAGGCUCACUCAACGAAGAAGGACUUGAUUGGCAAUCUCGAAGCACGGCAACGUGAGUUCGACGACGAACGGAGGUUUCUGGAAGGGGAAAAGAAGAAGAUCAAAAUGCGGGCCGAGGAACUCGAGGAAGAGCUGGAUCGGAUCCUGGAUGGGCGUGAACACGAAAAGCAAGAUGCAGAUGAACGCAUACACCAUCUUGAAACUGAACUUCAGGAUGCUCAUAGUCGUGCAGAAACCGAAAUCCGAAAGGCAGCCCUUCUUAGCGAGCAAAUGCAAAGCUUCAAUGAGAGAGAGGGGAGUCUUCAAGCACGCAUUGAUGACCUUGAACAGCAAGCAGCCGCAAGAGAAGAAAGGGAUCAAGAGAACUAUCACGCGCUGCAGGCUGCAUUCAUGAAUUUAUCUCCUGGUGGAGUUGUUCCCGAUCAACUCCCUGGUAUUAUCAAGACUAUUGAGGUGCUUUCAGAGGGAUUGGCUAUUCAUGCUAAGAAUGCCGAAGAGAAUUCCACGAAAGCGUCUUCGGAAAAUAAGGAACUAGAGGAACGUCUGAGCCAAAUGGAAUCCGAGGCUCAUGAGCUGAGGACGAGUGCCGAGACGCGUGAGACCGAGAUCUCGCAAGUUAGAGAACAACUUGCACAAAGAGAAUCGGAGCUAGCUGCCCUUACGUCGGAGCUAAACGAUGAGCGCGCAAAGCUGAAGGCGCUGCAGUCGCAAUUUGACGCAGGUGAGACGGGCUCCGAUGCCCUUCGCGAAAGGGCAGUGGAAGACGAGCAAAAAUUGGCCAGAAUGUCACAAAGGGUGGCCGAGCUGGAGACCCAGACGCGUCAAUCGAAUGGCGAAGUCCAAGAUUGGAAGCAGAAGUUUGAAGCGGUUUCCCAGUCUGAACAACAGGCUACAGCCCGAGCCGAAGUUUCUGCAUUACGGUCUAAAGAUCUCUCAAAGCAGCUGUUCGACCAAGUGGAGAAGCUGGAGUCUAUGUUGGAACACUUGGGCUUCACCGUCAUCCGGCAAGAUGGAAACAUAGUUGUCCAGAGGUCCUCAAAAGUAAACGCCCUUUCGGGCACGGCGGACACAUUGGCUCAAUCCGGUAUCGUGUCUGUCAAGCCAGACCCGAACCUUCUCACCUGGAUGGAGGCGGAAAGUGACGAGGAAGAGACCGACAGGUUUAUGGCAUUCACUGAGUGCCUUGCUCAAUUCGAUGUCGAUAUCUUUGGAGACGCGGUCGUUAAACGGGUCAAGGAUAUCGAGCUACUCGCUCGCAAAUGGCAGAAAGAGGCCAGGGGAUACCGUGAUAAGUACCAUCGCAUGCAAAGCGAAGCUCAUGAGAAGAUUGCCUUUCGCUCUUUCAAAGACGGUGAUCUGGCUCUUUUCCUGCCGACUAGAAACCAGGCCAUUCGAUCCUGGGCUGCGUUCAACGUUGGCGCGCCACACUAUUUCCUGCGCGAACAAGAUGCCCACAAACUCCAGGCCCGGGACUGGCUUCUUGCCCGUAUCAAUAAGGUCGAGGAGAGAGUUGUAGACCUUUCCAAGUCAAUGAACGGUGCCAACCCCGACCGCCGAUCAAUCGGAGAGGUCAGCGACGGGACUUCUUUCGACGACGAGAAUCCAUUCGAAUUAUCCGAUGGUCUCCGAUGGUAUCUCUUAGACGCCACAGAAGAAAAGCCCGGUGCCCCGGCCACCCCAGGGUUAGGCAAAAGCACAGUUGCACCCGCCCACGUCGACGCCAGAGGCAGCAUUCGGUUGAAACGCACCACGGCCGGGGGAAACGUCGCGAAAACACUCUCAAAGAGUCUGGACAGUCGGCGGAACAGUUCGAACUCCAAGAAAGGGCCGCCGGGAACGCCAUCCCAGCGACCCAAUAAUGACUCCACGACGGAUUUGACUCGAGCCCCUGAGCCGGAUGCUACUACAACUACGGCUGUUGGCUCGCAGUCGCGGGAGGGCGCUCCUGAUCUUGACGAGGUUCGCCGCGAACUGCGUCAGGGCCCGUGAGACCCACGGUCCCCGACUUCGUUGUCUGUUGAACGGAGCUGACGGACCUUCACAGGGCUUGGAACGAAGAACUCCUGGGGUUUCCGCGCAGCAGCGAUCCCAUCGACAACCCGGGGGCACUCAGUCACUCACUGCCUCCCGGUUCGAGGAAGCCAGCACCACUCCGUCGCGAUCGAUCUCCAGUCCGCGCCCAACUUCUCGGUAUCGCCCCUGGGAGAAGCUCUGGUCUGUAGACUACCGCUUGGAAAGCGGGAAUAAUCAGUGAAAGGAACCCUCGGCUGGGUGGCUUUGCCUACUGGGUCCUACCAGACCUCCGACACCAAAUAUUUUCACCAAACUUAUACUUCCGAUAUUUCACAUCGGAAUCGGCUCCGACUACAACAGCAGGAAACAAUACCUUGGAGCUUUCUUAGCGUCACGAAAUUGCCAUGAUUGAAUGAUACCCAUCUAUAUGGAACAUUGGCUACUUACUAUCUUAUCUUAUUGGGGUUUUCAUUUCCAUUUUCAUUUCCCAAGCAUCAGUUCACUUUCAGCAUUUGACACUUUCCUCUUCUUCUUUGGUCUGGGGACUAGACUUGCGUUUUCUUAGGUAGCUAUGAUUGAUUACAAUGGUGAUAUGGUUCAUACAAGUAUUGGCACAGGGUGUUAUGAUCUAUAGAUUUUGAAAGCCCAUGGAUUGAUAGUAUCGAAUUCCGCUAACUGAGACCCCUCCUAAAACACCGCGGCAAAUAAUUCCAAUAGAAAAGAACGGAUGAGAAGGUAAAGAACAAAGAAACAAAGUCGAGCCGAAAUGGAAACAAACAGGAAAAAAAAAGAAAUUUAUAUGUAUACAGUCCAAUUGAAUCUACCAAAUGCAAAUUCAAUCCAGCUCUUCAAUGAACCCUUCCAGACCCCCAACUUCCUGCCAGAAGCGCGCAAAGUCUACCCCCUCGUUCUCAAACAGUUGCUUUGCCUGCACCAUGGCGGACUUUUGUCUUUCCGGCGUGAAGCCCCCGGGCCGGGUGCUCUCGUACUGGAUCAGCUCGACCCAUCGGAAGAAAAGGUCCUCCUUGCCCAUGGCCGUCAGCUUAUCCUUGAAGGCCAAGAUCUGGUCCCGUUGGGCUGACCGCGCCCGUCCUUCCGCGGUAUCCUCGUCUCCAACGUGCCACAUCAGCCAACCAUCGGCGUCGGUGUUAACGACCACCGCGGUGCGGAACUCGUCCAAGGGAAUGCCAUUGCCCGUCCGGCUGCGGUCGACAAGCUCAUGCGCCCGGACCAUGGCGUCGUAAUCGAGAUCCCAGUCGGCGUCCACGAGCAGGUAGCCGGUCUUCUUGAUCCGGUCCGGCGUGACGGCCGCCACGAUCUUAUCCCGCGUCGCCUCGUCUUCGCGGAUCCAGCGAUUGCGCUCCAGUCCCUCGCUCAGGCUCGGUCGGCUGCGUCGGAUAAUAAUCUCGCGGUCCCGGAAGCCAACGUUCCGGCGCCACAUGACGGGACCCUCGAUGAAGCGGAUGGGCCAGGAGAGGAAAAUCGUCACCAGAAAAUAGUCCAGCAUCACGUUGGCGGUGCGGAUCAGGACUGUCACCGCCUGCUCCUGCCAAGGCGUCGAGAUGGUAUCUACCGUCGCGGGGCUCACGAAACCAAGCACCGUCGCUAGCAUAGCUGGGUACAGAUUCCGGACCAUGUAGACUCGGGCGGCUAUCACCACUGUGAUUACAAUGUUGAUUAUGACGGGCACAUUGAAUGCCUGUUUCUUGAUGUCUUGCGGGGUGCGGUCGAUAUGGAUCAGGUAGACUUCGUCGGGGGCGAAGGUUUGGAGAAAGGGCUGGAGUGUCUCGGGAGCUUUGGCGAACGGAGGAAGAGGGCCCGCCUGGGAGCUAGGAGUCGAGGUUCCAGAUGAAGAGGAAGGCGUUGUCGAGCCCUUGGCUUUUCCGGAUCGCUUUGCAGACUUGGCCAUGUUGUAAGGUGUGGGUGUCGUGUGAGGUGGAACGGGGGUUCGGUUUCAACGCAUGCAGGCACUAGAUAUGACGAGGAGAGAUAUUGUAGGAUGCAGAACUACCCGCCGCAGGAUAUUCACACGCAGGUAUUUCCCUCCAACACAAUUGAGCGCGAGGAUGUGGAGGAGCAGGCGGGGAGAUCAAUGAGGGCCACGACAGCUGAUCGGGUCACAUGUCAGUGCACAAAGCGCGAAAGGAGGCACUGCAGACGAUGAUCGGCCAACAGAGGAAGGGAGGGAUCGGGCCUAUUUCGUACCGGAUGGGAGAGAUUGGCUGGACGUCAACAGCAAGAGGCGCAGGUCGUCGUCAGUCGAGGGGAGUGUU